AAGCUCCAAAACUGAUCAAAAGUAAAAGCGAAGCGGGGAAGGGGGAAGCAGAUAAGCGCUCGUCGUCGGGGUCUUGGAUUCAAUCCCAUCCCGUUUCCUAGUUGCAUUGAUAUCCUGUGCACGGUUGCCUCCACCACCGCGUCCCGCUUCCAUUUUUGGUGUCCGGCGGAGUUCUGUCGAGGAAUGCCGGAGGAUGGUUGUUAGUUGAGAGGUCCUUGCAUCUGGAGCUGUUCCUUCUGGAGUUCGGGAUGGGUUUCCAGUUCAGGUUGCUGUAAGAAGGCACGGGACGGUUUGAGGUGAAAAUGGUGAGAGUGGUGUGGGAGCUAAUGCUGCCGGGGUUCUUUUGGUUUAUCCUGACGUUCGACACCUUCUCGACGGUUCUCUCCAACAUGGAAGGUGAUGCUUUGCACUAUCUUAAAACAAACUUAAAUGAUCCUAAUAAUGUGUUACAAAGCUGGGACCCAACCCUGGUCAAUCCAUGUACAUGGUUCCACGUUACAUGCAAUAAUGACAAUAGUGUUAUCAGAGUUGAUCUUGGAAAUGCACAGCUAUCUGGUACUUUGGUUCCCCAACUUGGUCAAUUGAAAAAUCUGCAAUAUCUGGAGCUUUACAGUAACAACAUUAGUGGUACAAUUCCUAGUGACCUUGGAAACCUGACAAACUUGGUCAGCUUGGAUCUCUACCUAAACAACUUCACGGGUGAAAUUCCAGAUUCACUAGGAAAGCUAACAAAGCUGCGAUUUCUCCGGCUUAACAAUAACAGCUUAUCUGGUCCUAUUCCCAAGUCUUUGACUAAUAUCACUGCCCUCCAAGUUCUGGAUUUGUCAAAUAACAACUUGUCCGGAGAAGUUCCAUCAACAGGAUCUUUCUCUCUGUUCACUCCAAUCAGUUUUGCUAACAACCCUCUUCUAUGUGGUCCUGGGACAACAAAGGCCUGUCCUGGUGCUCCUCCUUUAUCCCCGCCACCUCCAUUUGUUCCUCCAAUGCCACCAUCAUCUCAAGGAAGUAGUGCCUCCAGCACUGGAGCAAUUGCUGGGGGAGUUGCUGCUGGUGCUGCUUUGCUUUUUGCUGUCCCGGCAAUAUUGUUUGCAUGGUGGCGUCGCCGUAAGCCACCAGAACAUUUCUUUGAUGUACCUGCUGAAGAAGAUCCAGAAGUUCAUUUGGGUCAGCUAAAGAGAUUUUCUCUACGGGAAUUACAAGUCGCAACUGACAACUUCAGCAACAAGAACAUUCUGGGAAGAGGAGGAUUUGGGAAAGUAUAUAAAGGGCGACUUGCAGAUGGUUCACUUGUAGCAGUAAAGAGGCUAAAAGAAGAGCGAACUCCUGGUGGGGAGCUUCAGUUCCAAACUGAAGUUGAGAUGAUUAGCUUGGCUGUGCAUCGAAACUUGCUUAGGCUAAGAGGGUUUUGUAUGACUCCCACUGAAAGGUUACUUGUUUAUCCUUAUAUGGCUAAUGGAAGUGUUGCAUCACGGUUAAGAGAGCGUCCUCCGUCUGAGCCACCACUUGAGUGGGUAACUCGUCGAAAGAUUGCACUUGGUUCCGCAAGAGGGCUAUCCUACUUGCAUGAUCAUUGUGAUCCUAAAAUUAUACAUCGUGAUGUCAAAGCCGCAAAUAUUUUGUUGGAUGAGGACUUUGAGGCCAUUGUUGGAGACUUUGGCUUGGCAAAACUAAUGGACUACAAGGAUACCCAUGUAACAACUGCAGUUCGUGGAACUAUAGGACAUAUAGCUCCUGAGUACCUUUCAACUGGAAAAUCCUCAGAGAAGACUGAUGUUUUUGGCUAUGGAAUCAUGCUUUUGGAACUGAUUACUGGGCAAAGAGCAUUUGACCUUGCCCGGCUUGCAAAUGAUGAUGAUGUUAUGUUACUUGAUUGGGUGAAAGGACUGCUGAAAGAGAAGAAGCUGGAAAUGUUGGUUGAUCCUGAUCUGCAGAAUGACUACGUGGAGGCUGAAGUGGAGUCCCUCAUACAAGUGGCUUUGCUAUGCACUCAGGGAUCACCUAUAGAACGACCAAAAAUGUUAGAGGUGGUGAGGAUGCUUGAAGGUGAUGGUCUUGCGGAGAGAUGGGAGGAAUGGCUAAAGGUUGAAGUGGGACGACUGGAGGAGAUGGCUCCACGGCUUCUAACCAAUGAGUGGAUUUUGGACUCUACCGACAACCUUCGACCAGUUGAGUUAUCAGGACCAAGAUAACCAUUAGGUCAAAAUGCUUGUGAUCCAUGAUUUUCAUCUUUCUUAUAUGCAUUUCAUGUCGUUAUGUGUCCUCAUUAUAAAUCACAGGAGAGUGAAAGUUAUGUAAAUCUUUGGUGUCGUAUCAUCCAUGUUAUGGUUUAGUAUGUAAUUUUUUUAGUAUGUGCAAGCUUGCUUCUUGUAAGCAAAAUUGAGCUAUGCAAGAAGGAAUACUAGACUUACUAACUCGAGGUUUUUGUAUCAAUAGAAUGUACUCCCUUAAACACAUUAACGUA